AUGUUUCGACGAUUUAUCGGGAUGACUCGCUUUUUUGGAGCCACAAAAAAACUUUCUAAUGAGAAGCUUUCCGCUGAUCAAGUCCAAAGAAUUGAAAAGCUCUUAAAGUCCCCAGGUUUCACAAAAGAAACAACUGCAAAGCGAUAUCUCAUAAAUGACGAGAUUACAUAUGAAAAAGACCUCAGAAUUAUAGAUUGGAACGACAGACUAAUGAAAGACAUCUCAACAUUGUCAGAAGCUAAGCUACUCGCUCAAGAGCAAAUGCUUGACGUAGUUCUGGUGACUGAAAAUCCACCUACAGUCAAGCUGAUGAACUAUUCCAAGCUUUUACUAAAAACUUUGUCAACUCAGCAUACAAGUGAUGCUAAAAAAGACAUAAAUAAUGAAUUUAAAGCCUUCAAGUUCGACAAUACAAACAUUACAAGUCAUGAUUUAUCAAGAAAAAUAGCAAGGAUCGAAAAAACCUUAGAUGAGGGAUUUAAAGUAAGCAUUGAAAUUGUUAUCCCUGGAGACACAGAAGCAGAAAUAGAUAGAUGCCAGGUAUUAGCAGAAAACAUUUGUGUGAAAAUCAAAGAAGAAAUGAGUGAUAAGAUCAGAUCGAUAAAUAAAGUUGAAAAUGAAGAUGAAAAUAUAAAAAUUUAUAUAAUCCCACAGGUUGAUAUGGCUGACUUACCCCAAACAAUUAAAAGCAUCUUAAGUUUUUGUGAAAAACCCCUUCCAUAAUCGAGUACAUUUUUUUUUAAAUAUAAGUGAUAAUUAUUAUAAUAAAAUUAUAAGUUCUAUUUAAGCGGCUUAUAUAUUAAAAAAAAAAUUUAUAUACAUUUUUUUAAAAAAACUAGUCCCUUUCAUAAGCUAGCAAAAUUAUUUUUCUUCUUUUAUGUAGAGGUAAGAAAAAGGAAGUCGAAGAAAUUGUGAAAGAUAAAGAAAUAUAUCAAAAUACAGGAAAUGGGGAAUAUCAAAAACGCGCCUUAAAUAAAAUAAAAACAUACGAGAAACUAGCACACAAAAAAUCUACUGGGCCUGAUGAAGAAGAAGAUAAAUAUAUGGAAAUGCUGCUAGACGAUGACUCAAUUGAAAGCAAAGUAAAGCAUAUUGAAGAAGACGUAGAUAGUACAGAGAGCUUAAGAUUGUCUAUGAAAAGCUUCGAUAUUGAAGAAGAGGAACAGGGAAGCUCAAAGAACGAAGGAAAAAGUGAAAAAUAUAAAAAAAUUUUGGGUGAUAAGCUUUCCUAUAGCUUGAAAAAAGGCAGAGUUAGAUUUUAA